UUAUGUAUUCUAUACUCCGAAGAAGCAUUAGCAGGGACUAUGCGGUUAUAUUAGCUUAGCUCUGUAACGAAGCUAAUGAGGGACUUCACGGUGCAUUUUUUAGUUUCGCUUUAGAGUAUAGAGUAAGUUCAAUAUGUAGACACGUGUUUUAUCGUUUAUAUGUUUAGAAGUGUCUAUAUUUGAUGUGUUGUGGGCUGCUCUGUGUCGUUUUUGCUGGCUGGCUAAGCUAAAUGCUAACAGAGAGUUGACAACUAUAAGCAUUUACGAUUCUUUGUCUAUGUCUCCAUUUUUCCUAUUAACAUCGAGCUGUUAUGGAAGUAAAGUGGUUAAAAUCAAACUAGGUUUUGCGUCUAUCAUAUUUAGCUUUGAAAUGUAUGACUGGUUUGGUACUAUUGCAUUCAUUUCAGUAAUGCUUCACUGUUCACAAGGUUUAUGCUCGAAAAAAGCUGUUUUUUUUUUUUUUUAAAAAGGACAGGAAUACUUAAAAUGAUGGUUUCCCUUUUAAGGAACCGAGAUAACAUUGGUGUGUGGUAUUUCCUUAAGUGUUUAUAUUGUAACGCCCACUUAUUUGGAGAGAGUACAGCAGGAUCAGGGCUUUGUUGUAGCCACUGGUGUAAACAGUGAUUUUACACGCACUUUAAUGGUAAAUGUCACGAUUGUAUAUGCUGACAUGUGACUGUUACAGCGAAGAGCGCACCUUUGACAAUAUCCCAUACACAAGGCAUUACUUUAGUGUUAAAAUCAUGCCACAGACUUUUUUCUUAGGGGUUGAUCAAUUCCCUUGGCAAGGCAUGUUGUUAGUCUGUUAAAGCCAGGAGUUUUUUAAACUGGGGGUCAUGGACCCCCAGGGUGCUACAGAAGAAUGUUGGGGGUCUAUAGAAAUGUUUACAUAAAAGUGUAAAUAAAUAAAUACUAUAAAAAUCAAUAGGCUUAUAAAAAAAAAUGAGCAAAUAAAUGACAAAUCAGUACAGUACUGUGAUGAAUAGAAAAAAUAAAAUUAAAAUGAUCAAAAAUUAGAUUAAAAUGUAAAUAAUAAAUAGAUUAAGAUAAAUGAGUAAAUAAAUGAAUAGUGAUGAAUAGGAUUAAGGUAAAGACGCAACUGAAUAAAAACUAAAUACUUAAUAAUGUUUUAGAGAUACCUUUAGUACACAUUUUUCACAUUAUGAAUAAAAUUUUUAUACAAAGAUAUUGAUGCCACCUCAGAAUUUUGGAUGGAUGUCCCUCGCACAAGGCUGAUCAUGUUAGUGGCAUUUAAAAGAUUGAAAACCACUGAUUUAGACUGCUGGACGUGUAGAGAAGUGCUGAAGUCAACAACAGGGGACUUUGAUCUACCUAAUCAGCAGUUGCUGAUUUCAACCGAUAAGGUCUGUAAAAGGUGCAGGUCUUUGAAUAGAUUUCUUCACUCCAUUAGGAAUUACAUCUCCAACAUGUCUGCUUCCAUAUCACAGUAUAAUAAUUAGUGUUCUUAAAGUAGUGAAAAGCUAUUGAGGCAAAAGUACAUGUAUAGACAGGUCAAAGCCUGUAGAUAUUAAUUAAUAUGAGGCAUGUUUGUCUGUGAUGGAUUAUGUCCCAUAUGCAGACAUUGCAGAUUGAAUCCUCAUGAGUAGGGUGAGUUAAUGUUCAUGCUUUAUUUUAAUUUAAUUUGAAUGAAUGAAUAAUUUUUUCUGCAAUCCACAUCUCAGUGUUCCACGAAACUGACUUGGACUUUAUCAUAGGAUGAUGUUUAAAUGCAAAUAGGCACAGCAUAUUACAAAUCAUGUUGUCAUGGAAGCAGCUAGAAUAAUAAAGUCAUAAAUAGUAACUAAAAUUGUAUUUUUCCACAUGCGCUGAGAAGACCAGGAUUGUGUGACAAGAAAGUAAAUUGAGUAAACAUUUGGAUUUCAUGUUGACUUAAUUAUAACUGAAUCAAACUGGGUUUCCCUGCUUUUCCAGAUGCUCCAAGAUCAGUAAGGUGUGGUUCAGUGCUCUUUGGAACCAGAAUUAAUAAAUGCAAAGCCUUUGCUCCUUUGGAGUUGUCAUUGGCCUGGUUAGAUUGUUUUACAGCUGUGUAACAAAUUAUUAAAUCUACAGCAGUUCUAUAAUAAAGCGUGAAAGUCCAAGGGAAUUUGUUGUUACUUGAUUAUUUAAAUCACAUUGAGUACUUUAUUUGUGAGCUAUUAUUUAUUAUUUGUUAUUUUAAAUAGCAUUUUAUCUUGUCACGUUGACAUUAUAAUGUUUUAAUUGAUCAGAUGAAAAAAAGAAAAUGAAUCCCACUGUGAUGUAAAGCAGUAAAACAUUAAUAUAGUCCAAGGGGUGAAUAUGUUUAAUAAUUACUAUAGUUUGUACACAUCCCUUACCAAAUGACUGCAAAGCAUUCCGUGCACUGCUGUGGUGGACUGUGGGAGAUAAUGUGAACCAUUCACUGAACAUAACCUGCCGUUUUAAUUUUUAGUCAUCAGAUAACCUGCAUUUGAAUGCAAGAGAAUUUGUCUUUGUGAACCAAUUUUGCACAAGGUCAGUCAACAUUUGGUCUGUGUUUGGCUCAAAUAUUUGACCCCCACUGACUCAUGCCGUUUCCCCUGUUUGCCAUCUGCACUUUUGCGUGACUCUGACUCAUUAUUUAUAUAGAAAAAGGGACCACCUUUAGUAAAGCUAUAUUUGUCUUAGCUAGUUUUAGUAAACAUUAAAUGAAGAGUUAAAUGAAUAAAAAUUCUGUCAUCGUUGCUCACCCUUGUGCCAUUCUUGAGCCGUAUAAUUUACACGUGGAACGGGUGAGAGGAGAUAUUGCUCAGAAUGUUCAUGCUGCACUGUUCAGAUUGUUUUCAAGCUUCAAAAACACAUUAAAAAAAAGUUUCUUGUCUAAAUCUAUAUGACAGUAUUGUCAUAGAGUUAUUCACUCUACUGCCACUCCCAAAUAUUAUUUAGAUUUGUCUAUAUUCACACUUCAUUUGUAAAAUCUGCACUAGGUUUAACAUUAGUGAUGUCAAAAUGCCAUUGGUUCCUUGCAUCUCGCAACCAUUCGCUAUGGGGCAAGAUGAGGUGAAGGUGCAUGUAAGAUUUGAAAUUGAUGGCUUUUAUCUUAAACGAUAACUUAAAUUGAGACCUUAGAUCAGUAAUUUGUUACAGAAUACAUAUCGUGGGAGAGAUUAGUAAAGUUUGAAAGUCCUUUGUCACUGUAUGCUUGUAUUGUAUAGUUAAGAGCAGCAUAAACAUUCUUUAAAAUAUCUCCUUAUGUGUUCCAUGAAAAAGUUGUUUUUUCGACAUAUAUUUGGUUGGAUAUCCCUUUAAUGCAGAAGGCAGCUAUGGAACUGAACUGAAUAUAGUAAAAACAGAAGUGGGUUUUUGUCAGUUGGCUGACGUGUUUUGACAGAAAGCUCAGGCCAGUAGAUUCUCAUUGAGGGAUAAUUUGUUGCAUCUGGAGGGCUGUUGGGUGGAGGCUGAAUUUUGGCGUCCGUUGCGUGUGUGUGUAUUUCUAAAGGUGGGACGUUGCAUCACUGGAGAGUCUGUUGAGGACACAAAAGCAGCGUUGUGCCCUGGUCAUGUGAUGCCUGUUCGGAAAGCUCCGACCAUGUGAUCCUGCCUUACAGAAUGCUGAGUCGAACUUACAAACGCUGCCUCACCCUUGAGAUGUGAGCAUGAUAGAGAAAAGGACUGAGAAGGGAAAGCUACAGAGCCUUUAAAGAAGAAAGACAUAGUGAAACAGGUGUGGACGACAAAACAGGAAACGAAAGCAGUAACGUGCAACAACUCUACGGUGCAGACUACGUGCACUUCUCUCAUUCGGUCCUUGCUCACUCUUUGCCUGAUGGUGCUGUGGGGAAGGUGGCUGUCUUCUGUGCAGUCAGUUUGUUGGAAUGUGGACAUUUUGCAAGGACAAGAAGCAAUGGCUGAAGAGGACCAAGAACCUUUCCUAGGAAAGUGGAAUAUGUCUUGGAAUGGAAGGGGAACGCUGUGGAAUUCCACAGCUUCACCAGGAACAAUAGGUUGGAAACAGAUGAAUUACUGCUUUAACUUCCUUGAUGCUAUCUAAUAACAGCUUGUGCUGAGUUGAAAUGUACCCUUCAAGUAAUAGUACACUCUUGAAGCUAUUCAGGCAGAAAGUGUAGAUGGUUAAGUGUAGAGUUAUUGUAGGCUAUUCAUAAUUUUAUAUGAUUUCUCUUUAUUUAAUGAGCUGAAAAUACAAGUUGUUCUUAGCAGCAGUUGUGGAGAAAGCUCUAAUGGGGAAGCUGAAAGAAACUUGUCAUUUUGUGAUUUGCGGAUAACAUGAUCCAGAUGCAUCUGUGAGGAAGUGUGUGUCAUGUUUUUGCCACACCCCUCUAUGUCCCUGCGCAGACCUUGUGACUGUGUUGCUGUGGCAAUUGGGCAGGGAAUUUAUUAGAGUGCUUGAACAAUCUUAAGUGUCUGUCGCUAUGGCAUUCUUUAUUUACUCUUUGUGACUAAUGACAGGAAAAGCAAACAUCUGUAUUGCCAUGAAGACAUUUUCCAGAUUUUUAGAGCUUUACACCGCAUCUUGUACCAAAACUGUAUGACUUUGUUCUAUGAAUAGGAAAUAUAAUGAAACUGAAUGUGGAUUAAAGCGUUCAAACUCCAAAAAUAACAAAAAAGCACCAUAACAAUAGCCCAUGUGACUUGGAAUGCGAGCGGUUGAGCCAUACGUGCCAUUAUUUGAGUGGACGCGAAUGUGAAUGAGAUUUAGGAGGGGUGGAGGGCAUGCUUUUAAAUAAAACUGGGAUGGUUUUAAACCAAACUGCAUGACUUUAGACUUGAGGUGCAUCUCUGUUCACUAUUAUGUGUGUUUUUGUAGUAUACUUAGUCCAAGAAUUGUGCUUAAACUAAUAAUAAUUUAAACAGAUACCUUGAUAAUGUACCUAUUUAAAGGUAACCCCAAUUUUUUCGAUGAUGUGAAAUGUUUGCACUCGUUGAGCUACUGGCGCUACCUCUUGCUAUUGUUAACACAACUUGUAAAAUAAAAUACUGAUACGAUGACCACAGAUACUGAAAGAGCUCACAGGUGGUGAGGCAUAUAAGUGUAGGCUUAAGGCCAGGUCACACCAAGCCGACUUCAAAGAACUAGCGGCGAUGGUGUUGUCCCCUCCUGUCGGUAGCUUCUGGACAAAAAGCUACACUUGAACACACCGCACAGACUGCAGCCAACUGCAAACUAACGUGCACUCUGCGCCUGAGAAUAUAUAUCAGUUUUUAAUAGUAUAUUCGUCAUUCAACUUACCACUUACCAUUUUGAAUAUCAGUUAUGUUGAUAACUUUCUUCAUUUAAAGUGGCUCAUGUUUUUAUGAUAAUAUUCCCAUAUUGGAAUGCUUGGGCAAGAUCACGUAACAUUAGAACAGUCUUCUGUUUGUGCCGCCUUCAUUUACUUACGCAUUUUCAUCACUUUUGUUUCAUCACUUUUGUUUUAAUUCUCCGGCACUUACUUGUUCGUGAAACUAGGCUUCCAAUCAGAGUUCUCGCUUUCCCUGACAACCCCAAUGGUCCCGACACCAAUUCAACAUGUUUAAUCGGGCAAACUCCCACCGACGUGUGGAACACGCCAAACAAACUCGCCCGACGAGAGCAGACGGCCUACUUUCGGCUUGGUGUGUCCCGGCCUUUAAACCAAAUGGCACACCAUUAAUAUUAUUUAUUUAUUUUCCCACACAGAGUCUAAACGCCCCUGAAUAUCAAGUGAAAUCCACGCCGAGAAACUCCUGUAGUGUCUGUAGCGUCAUAACAAGUGUCGAAAUGUUUACAUCCUGCCAGUAUGGCAUUUAGCAUUUCUUGUCUCUGCCGUUUGAAAGCUCUUUCAGUAGCUGUGGUCUACUAAAAGCCUUAAAGGUAUCAGGGCUAAAAUGGAGAGAACAAAGGCAUGGGUGUUUAGGAAGUUAUAUUCAUCCACAAGCAUCUUCCCAUUCUUCUCUCCUUCUCUUAUCGAUAGCAAAGCAGUGAAGUCAUCGCUUUCUAUUGUUGCCCUUUAACUGAAAAUUACAACCAAAAGCCGCACAUUGCGUCAGUAUUUUAUUUCUGAGUUGUUUUGCUGCUAAAAAUUGCAUUUUUUUUUAUUCUAUUUUUUUAAAUUAGAUUUCAUAUGCAUUCUGCUAUUUCUCAAAGUUAUUGUUUUAGUUAUCUGAUGUUUAAGUAAUGGUUUCUGUUUGCCUUUUCUCUUUCUGGAGACCUAGAGUGAUAAUUUUCAGUGACUGGGAUUGUCAUCCCUAGUCAUCUGGCAUAGUUUUAUGAUGCUUUUUAGUAGAAUGACAAGAACAUUCUGCAAAACUUUGUCUUUUACUGGAUAAAAGAAAGUUAUACAGAUUUGGAAUGACAUGACAUUGAAUAAACAAUGAGCGAGUUUUCAUUUUUAGUUGAACCAUCCUUUUCGUUUUCAGUGUUUUGAACAUGUGCAUGUUUCCACUGUAUUGCGUCGCUCUGUCACUUUAGCUGUCUGGAGCACGGUUGCAAAGUCACUCAAUAAUUUAGCUGCUAGACUGUCCCACUGACGCUUCUUGUUUCUCUCCAGUUCUUUUUUUUUUAAGAAGCUGAACUGAGUACGACUUUUAAACUGCAUUUUCUGCAGCUUCAAUAGCUGUCAUUUAAUUUCCACAAACCAAAGCAUGUUGGCUGUUGCCAUGGCCUCAGUGUUUCAAAGGCAGGCUUCCUGUUUUGGUGUUCUGUUCCUUAGCAAGAGCGAGUUUCCUGUUGAGCCAGACAGAGAGAGCGGGAGAGCAGUCCUGGAGUUUGCCGCAGGGGGUCAGCAGACUGUGGGGUAUGAGUCAUGACGUCUGUGGUGCUCGUAGACAGUGGAGGAGCAGUGGUGGAGUAUGUCACAGCAGUGGACGACCAUUUACCGGAGGAGGGUGUGUAUGAGGUUGAGGGAGAAAUAGAGGGAGAGGUGGAAGGAGAGGCGGAGUACCCUGCGGUGAUCGUGGAACCGGUCCCCAGUGCACGAUUGGAGCAGGGCUUCGCUGCUCAGGUGCUGGUGUACGAUGAUGAGACAUACUUGAUGCAGGGAGUUGCUGAGGAGCAGGAGGUGGAGACUGAAGUGCUGGAGACCGUGGAAGCAUCAGUUCAUGGCUCUGUGCAAUGCUCUGAUAAAACCAUUGAGGCUGCUGAAGCUCUUCUGCACAUGGACUCUCCCUCCAGCUUGCGUGGAGACCGAAGCCCAGAGGUAUUUGUGCCUCCAUGUGUCAACACUUCAGAAUUUUUGCAUGCUGCCAUGCGACCUGAUGUGCUGACAGAGACAGUGGUGGAGGUCAGCACAGAGGAUUCAGAGCCCAUGGAGGUGGUUACGGUUCUUCAGGAGCCUGAGAUGCUGGAGACAGAACCCACCAAAAGAAGAAAAUCUGGGCGGAAACCUAAACCUCAUCACAUUUCAAACGGUUCUCCAGACCUGGGCAUCAAGAAGAAGUCUAGAGAAGGGAAAGGAAGUACAUACCUGUGGGAGUUCCUGUUGGACUUGCUGCAGGAUAAGAACACCUGUCCCAGAUACAUUAAGUGGACACAGAGGGAGAAAGGCAUCUUCAAACUGGUGGACUCUAAAGCUGUGUCAAAGCUCUGGGGCAAACACAAGAACAAACCAGACAUGAACUACGAAACCAUGGGCAGGGCGCUCAGGUAUUACUAUCAGAGAGGCAUCUUGGCUAAAGUUGAAGGUCAGAGGUUGGUAUAUCAGUUUAAGGAAAUGCCUAAAGACAUUGUCGUUAUCGAUGACGAUAAGUGCGACCCUGGCGAUGACGUAAUCGGAGAGAAGACCUACGAGCGUGUUCCUCCCUCAUCUGACACUCUAUUGGCAACUGACCUCUCCAAAACCCCUGCCAUCUUGAGAGGGGGCGGUAGGACUGUGGUCCAUCCAGGCUCCCCAAAAGCUAAAGCUGCGCUCACUGCAACUCCUGUUCAGCGCAUUGUAACCGUCUCUGCGUCAACGGAUCCAUCACAGCCGUCCCAUGCCACCAUUAUCCCAAAUGCCAAUGCACCCAGGACUGUGCGGGUUGCGAUGCAAGUGCCGGUCGUCAUGACUAACUCCUUGGGACAGAAGAUCUCCACUGUGGCCGUGCAGUCAGCGAACCCUUCGCUCCUCACUACAGCGCCUACCAACACCGGCUCAGGGGCUGGUGCGAACGCACCCAAAGUCCUAAUCCAGACCAUGCCAACGAUGGUUCCCGCCACAGCCGAGAACGGCGACAAGAUCACAGUCCAGCUCGCCAAGAUAAUCACCAUCCCCGCUACCCAGCUCACGCAGUGCCAGCUACAGGCCAAACCGGGCACCCCAACGGGCAUCAAUCUGAUGGGCACACCCCUCGCCGUCCGAGCCCUCACGCCCGUGUCUGUGGCGCCGGGGACGCAGGUGGUCAGGUUGGCCGUUCCGGCCCAGCAGAGUCCUGCUCAAGCGAAGACGCAGGUCCCUGUUUCAAUCCAGACGCAAACUCAAAUCCCAAUCUCCGUUCAGACGGCAUCUACUCCAGUUCAAAUCCAGAUUCAACAGAGCCAGCUUUCUCCAAAAGCAAAAAUCGUUCAAACCUCAGAGUCCAAACCUGAUAGCACUUCGGCAGAACAGCCUGAGCAGGACAAUCCCACACAGGUAGCAGCAGCAGUGGUGCUGGUAGAGGAAGGUUCAAAUCCACAGUCUGAAGCAGAGAGCUGAAAAGUGAUGCCUUUUUGUCAGUCAUGAACAAUGAACUUAUAUUUCCCAGAUACUUUUCAGUCACAUUCUGGGAGUACAAACUGGAGAUUUGUUGACUUGUACAGUUUCAGAGUUCAAGUGUGGUAUCAUUUUAUAUGUCAAAAAGGAAAAAAAAUCAGGCAAACACCAACUCACAUCAUGUGGAUUAAAUCUGGAUGUCCAUCAUUUCAAUUAUGUGGUUUAAGGGACCAAUGUAAAGAACACUACAGUUUUCCGUAUUAUUAUUAUUAUUAUUUUUUUUUUUAAAUCUAACUUUGACACUAAUAACAACUAAGCAGAACACUAAGGAGUGAGUAGUUGAAGUAGUCAAGUAUGUGAACUUUUGAGGGAGGAUAAAUUCAACUUUUUAUAACUUGUAUAACGAGUUUUUUUUCUUUAACAUUUAAAUUGCAAGGAAAAACCAGCAGUUUCUUUUGACGAUCACUGUGAGCGCACGCUUCUGCCCGUGUUUCACAGGAACGUGUCGAUUCUUCUCCCUCCUCCUCUACUAAGGGAAGAAAUGGACUUUGUAUAUAUGAAUUAUACAGUUUACUGAAUUUAUAAACAAUGCAGCCUUAGAACAGUUUUGUUUUUGUUGUUAUUCUUUUAAGUCAAGCUUAUUAAGCUUUUGUGUUAAGCUCAUGUUUUGUUGUUUUUUGUCCCUCACACGUUGUACCAAGCACAGUAUUAUUGGCAAACAAACGGCAAAACAUUUUUGCAUUCAUGUCUCAAUCUUCCAGAUAAAAAAAAAACAGUAAUGUUUAGGUGUAAGUAAAGCCGGAUCCAAAUCCUUGAACGAUGCUAGUUUUUCAACACUGAAAUGGAUGAAUUCAAAAAAGGUCAAUGAGCAGCAUGCAUCCUCACUUCAAAUACAAUUGUUGCGCAUUUUUCUUUUGCUUUUUAUUAGUCCUUAAAGAGGGAGAACAACAUGUUUGUGUUCAGAAUAAUCUAGUUUGUAUAUUCAACAUUUGAAGUAUAUUCUAUUUUGUUGUACUCUUGUUUCAAAGUGUACUCAAGUAGAUUUUACUCAAAUACAAAAAAAUAUUCCUGAA